GCAUGCCAUCUUGUUUCCGAACUAGUGUUAAACGGCUGGAAACUUUUACAAGAAUGACUAGGGUUUACCCUAAUGCUAGUUUUACCGGCGUCUCCCACAGGCAGCAGCCGAAGUUGUUAUCAAAGCCUGAUACGGAGGAGACGAUUCUCACCGUCUGGAAAAAGUCCUUGCUGUUCAACUGCAAUGGAUUCACGGUGUUUGAUAGUAAAGGUAAUUUGGUGUUCAGGGUGGAUAAUUACAUGGACGGCCACAAGGGCGAGAUUCUUCUCAUGGAUGCCACCGGCAACCCUCUUCUCACCAUCCGCCGCAAGAAAAUGAGCCUGGGGGAUAGCUGGUUGGUUUUCGAAGGAGAAACCUUUGUGAAUCCCAGACUUCGUGUGAGGAAAUCGAUGAACAUCAUAAACAAAAACUGCUUGGCCUACGUUAUCCCUGGCAACACCACCACUACCACAAACCGAAACAACAUCGUUUUCUAUAUCGAAGGCUCGUAUUCGCAACGAUCGUGUUCCGUAUACGAUGACAGUAGGAGAUUAGUAGCGGAGAUAAAGAGAAAAGAAGCUGUUAAAGGAGUUGCCUACGGAACCGACAUCUUCCGUCUUGUUGUUCAGCCUGAUCAUAUCAGGACGGACUUUGCCAUGGCUCUCGUCAUCCUUCUUGAUCAAAUGUUCGGAUCUUCGAGACGAUAAACUAUCUUUUUUCCUGCUUUUUUUAUUUGUCUGUUUAUCUGUCUAUGUAUAAAAUCAUAGCUACUACUUCCAAAUUUGCAGCAUCUGCUUACAUAUUUAUCUGGUUUUGAUGUUUUUGUGCUGGUCUUUUCGUUUUUGAU